UUAAAAAAUAAAAAAUAUAUAAUAGGGGAUAAAAAUAUGAGUGAAAGAGAAAACUAGUGGAACGUCUACCUGGUAAUUCGGACACGAUUCCUUUUUCAUAAAAAUUUCAUUCUGAAUCAAAUGUCCUUUCUUCUUCUUCUAUCAUUUCACUAUCUUGUUAAUUCUUAGUUAAUUGCGAUGGAAUCGAGUACAAACCCGGAAUUCGAUUAUUUGUUCAAAUUAUUGAUGAUUGGAGACUCCGGAGUUGGCAAGAGUAGUCUCCUCCUCUGUUUCACCUCUGAUUCUUUCGAAGAUCUUUCUCCUACAAUUGGUGUUGAUUUUAAGGUCAAAUAUGUCACUAUUGAUGAUAAAAAGUUGAAGCUUGCUAUCUGGGAUACAGCUGGUCAAGAGAGAUUCAGAACACUAACAAGUUCUUAUUAUCGAGGCGCACAAGGGAUCAUUAUGGCUUACGAUGUUACUCGACGAGAUACAUUUACAAAUCUCUCUGAAGUAUGGGCUAAGGAAAUAGACCUUUAUUCAACAAAUCAGGACUGCAUCAAAAUGCUUGUUGGAAACAAAGUGGAUAAGGAGAGUGAUAGAGUUGUGACAAAGAAAGAAGGAGUAGACUUUGCAAGAGAAUACGGUUGCCUAUUUAUUGAAUGCAGUGCUAAAACUCGAGUUAACGUACAACAGUGCUUUGAAGAGCUUGUUUUGAAGAUUUUAGACACACCUAGCCUCAUAGCCGAGGGUUCCAAAGGGGUCAAAAAGAACAUUUUCAAGGACAAAGAUCUCCAGUCUAAUGGAGCCACAAGUGGUUGUUGCUAAGGGUGCUAUUUAACUCAAAGUCAAAGAAAAAGGGUGUUGAAUCCAUUUUCAGAAUCAGAGUUCUAACACAUUUACUGAAGUCUUAAAACAACAAAGAAUCCAGUUCCCUCCUAUUUUUUUUCCUGGAAUAUUUGUAAUAUAAUGAUCAUGGUUCUUUUUUAUUGUUAUUAUUUGCAUUUAACAUGUUGACGUUGAAGAAUCUUGAUAUAUCAUGAUAUACAAUUAAAGAACAAAGGGGGAAACUGGAUUUCCUGCUUUAUAGUGCAUAUUCUUGCUAGAGAAACACGACUUCCUUA